AUGAUGUUAUACAGCGCCAGUAUUUUUCAAAUACCUGCAGACGAAUCAGGAUGCGAGGCUGACAUGGCAGAAGGUAGCAUCGAGGAAGACAGUAGCGAAAUGUUAGGUCCUACUUUAGCACCCGUUCUUCAUACCAUGCAAACUUCAACCCCAUCAAAUUUAAGCUGUAAGGAAGAAGAGGCCCAAUUUACUUUUAUCAGCGGAAAAAAAUUCCUCGCUUAA